UAAAAACUAUAGCGUUGAAAAUGUUUCGCAAGCCAUUCCACACCAAACCGCAGUCUCACCUACGCUCUUCGGACCGCCGAAAACUGCGAGCAGAGUUGCUGGCUGCAUAUCCUUCUAUAAGCGAGGAGGUUGUCGUCGACCUUAUACCCACCAAGGAAGGAAAGGACGGGGGAGGGGAAGUUAUUUCAGCAAAGUUUGUUACGCAUGGAGGGGAGCAAGGGGUCCUGUAUGUCGUCGAUGGGCAACCAAUAUUAUGGAAAGACUUGAGCGGUUGUAUUUUUCCAACAGUUUACACAUUAUGGAGGAUUCCCGCUAUGCUUCCCACCAUUAUGACGCACGGACCCGUGCUACAAAAACUCUUUGAUGGAGCAGAUCUUAUGCUGCCAGGUGUCAUUAUCCCAGCCGAAGGGUUCCACGACUUUGCGUACGGGGAUGUAGCUGCUGUCACUGUUCGAGGAAGCCCGAUACCCAUGGCAGUGGGUACAAUGACUGUGUCCAGCGCGGAUAUUAAGAAGAGUAGAUAUGAGAUGAGGGGAAAGGGCGUCAAGAUUCUGCAUACCUUUGGAGACUACAUGUGGGCUCAUGGAAAUAAGUCUGAGCCUCCAGAAUUGGACUUUGUGGAAGUGGGCGAUGCGGACACUAGUGGAUCAUGGACAGAGCUUGAAUAUAAUCCAUCCGGCGCCUCAACUCCCAUAGCGAGUGAAACCCUGCCUGCGUCCAUGCAAAACUUGAACCUUGAUGGAAGUGUCCACGGAGAGAUCGAGCAGAAUAACGAGGAGGCCGUAGCAAAAGAAACGGAUACAGAAGUGAAAAUGUCACCUGCUGAGAUGGACCAGUUACUUGAGCAAGCACUGUUUACUGUGUUGAAAUCCCGACUACCGGAUGACCCUAAAGCAUUUCCGAUGCCAUCAAGUCUGUUGUAUUCCAACUACAUUGUACCAUGUCGACCACGAGGGACCCUGAUAGAUAUUAAGCAAUCGUCAUAUAAAAAGGUUGGAAAAUUUCUCAAGGCCAUGGAAAAGCGGGGUUUGAUCAAACUAAAAGAGCGAGGCGGAGAAACCAUGUUGAUGAGUGUGAAUCGGCAACAUCCGCAAAUUAUAGAAUUUGUUGCACCACGUAAAGUCGCUGGAGACGAAAAGCCCGCCAAGCCCGAAGGACCUGCAGAUGGAUCACGGUCUCCGACUGAUUCAAGUAAAACCAACGGAAAGUCCGGUGCUGGUGAGACUAUAUCAGCAGUCGAGCUUUACAAAGCCUCCGCAAAAGAAUGUAGACUUUUUGAGGAAAUUGGUGCAAGUAAAGAUGCUCUGUUCACCGAGGCUGAUCUACGGGUGGCAGUUACCGAGUACGCCGAAAUGAAAAACUUGAUUGACAGAGCGAAUCCAAGAAUGGUAAAAAUCGACGCCAUCCUGUGCGAUGCAGUUUUGAAAAAGGAUGAGUACCAGAGCGUGGAUUAUCUUCCCAGAGAUGGAAUUUUGCAAAGGUUGACAGAACGAAUGCAACCAUACCAUGAGCUUCACCUUCCGGGACGCGAACCUGAGAUUCGAAAAGGAACAUUAAAACCGAUCCAGAUCACCGUCGAACAACGCCAAGGACGGAAAACGGUGACAAAGGUUGUAGGAAUUGAACGAUUUGGAAUAGAUCCUGAGCAAUUAGCUGGGUGGUUGAAGGUUCGGUGUGCCAGUAGUACAUCUGUUACACCUAUUCCGGGAAAAGCAAAUGCGGCGCCUGUAUACGAAGUCAUGAUUCAAGGAUCAAAAGUGAAGGAAGUAUGUUCCGUUUUGGAAAAGGAGUGUGGUAUGCCGUUUACGGGGGGCAAGGGGUCUGCUGUGAGCAGCAGAUUUGUAGAAGUUGUCGAUAAAACAAAAAAGAAGUGAGGAUGGGAAAUGGUACUUGGGCUGAUGCAUUGUUGUAAUACUAGACGGGAUGCAGAUCGGGAUUUUUGAAUACCAGUGUUUGGAUUUACGCUCAAUAAUGGGUCGUAACCCAGAGUUUGUGGGUCUACCAUUAACAGUCGCAAAG